AUGUGUCUUCAUGCUUUGAAUCGGGGAGCUUGGAGACACAUCACCCAUAACGUUGCUGCUUCCUUCAAGAACACUGCAGAACCACCCUCGAGGACAAACGACAACGCAGAAAAAACCGUACCUCAUCAAUACCGCUUAAGCAGACCUUCCACUGUGCCUUUUGCAUUCGAACUUGUCUAUCCAGCACUGGCCUUCUCAGCCAUCAGCGCGCUACAGCAAGCGUGGAGCUGUAAUGAAAAAUCAAGUGUACGUAUGCAUACUGUAGAAUCAUCAGAUCAUAACGAUUAUUUGACUGCGAAAUCUUAG